UGACUUGCUGUAAAAGCAAUGAUUUACUUUUGCUGCCACCACCCCUACAGUUGUCACAUUGGAUAUAGAUGAGAAAGAUGAAUGUGGCCUGGUCCUUCUACCUGGGCUAUCUGAGACAGGUUCUGCCACGGUUAGAGGAAUCCAUAGCAGCAUUUAAUGCCACACAUCAGGUCAGUGCCGCCUUUUGGAAACGGGGUUCCAAGAAGCUCCUCAUCCUCAUACCGCUCAACGCCAGCAUCUCUCACAAGCUGGAGGAUGAGGACAACAACAUUCAUUUCUAUGACAACCUCCCCAACGCUGAGAUGGACAGGGCAGGGGUCCGAGGGCGGGUCUACAAGCACAGCGUCUACAGAGUAAUGGAUGAGCAUGGGAAGGGCAUUGACUGCAUGGUGGAGUACGCCACACCCCUGCUGACGCUCUACAACAUGUCACAGGAGAGCAGUGCUGGUUUUGGGGAGCCUGAGCGCAGACACCAGGUCCUGCUCUUCUACAGGACACUGCAGGUCAUAUUAGAGCAGUCACUAGAGUGCCGCAACCGCUACAGACUCAUCCUGCUCAACGAUAACGAUGACAACGACCCUCACUUUCUGUCCAAGGCCAUCCUCAAACACUUACAGCAGCAGGAAAAAGAAGAAUUCUGUCUCACCCCGUCUCCUCACCCAGAGACAACCCCCCAGUUCCCAAACACUUCAAGUGCAUUGCCACCUGCCACAUACAACGGCCGGCACCACGAGGAUCGACUGAGCCGGGAGACCACACUCAUGAUCAGCCUGGAAAAGCCUCAGCCGCUCAAAUUACCUGUGGAGAUCACCGACUAUUAACAGGAAACACAGGCAUAAAAACACACGCGCACACCACAACACG